AUGCUGCGGAAAUCACGCAUGCAAUACUUGUCCUUUUCGUGCAGGAUGCAUCGCAGCGGUUCGAUUAGCAUAAACAGUCUUGGACCGCUACACGGCGAGAACUCAGCAUUUCUCAAGCAUGCACAUUGGAGUGGUUUGUGUUGGUAAUACAACGUCAAAGGCUGAGAAACGGUAGGGAUCACAGUAGUGGGUGGAUUGUGUUGUUUGAACACUCGUUAGGUAAUCCUUGACUCCUUGCUCUUCUCUUCUCUCCUGUCCUCUCUUUCUUCUUUGAUUGCUCCAUUUUCUUUUCACGAUUAUGAACUGAGUUUUGAGAUACAUUAUGCAAUUUUCUGAUCUGAGAUUCCUUAUUUCUCUUCUUUUGCAUCAUCUCUUUUACUGCCUUUGUAUUAGAGUCAAUCCUCUCGAGAUGAAAAGGAAAGAACCCAAUUACUCAGAAGAUCCAUUUUAUGGGGCGUCUUCCUCAUAUGAAGGCGGGACCAAAAAGCCAAAAGGAAAUGAUUAUGAAGUAUUCUUGAACUUUAGAGGGGAAGACACUCGCAAAGGCUUCACCGAUCAUCUCUAUAUUCGCCUUGUCGAUGCAGGAAUUCACGUGUUUAAAGAUGAUAAUGAGCUUCCUAUUGGUGAGGCGAUUUGUCCAGAGCUUCUUUGCACUAUUACACGAUCUAAGAUCUCGAUCCCAAUUAUCUCGGAAAACUAUGCCUCCAGCAAAUGGUGUCUUCUUGAGCUAGCUCAGAUUUUGAAGUGCAAGAGAAGUGGAGGGCAGAUAGUGUUGCCCAUAUUUUACAAGGUGCAACCCUCGCAGUUGCGACAUCUUACAGGGAGAUGGGCAGAUGCUAUCAAUGCAUAUAAAGAGAAUUUGGACGAAAAGGUUGUGAAAGAAUGGGAAGAAGCACUCAAAGCCGUCAGUUACUUGAAAGGAUGGGAAUCAGAGAAGAUUGAGAAUGGGCGUGAAGGAGCAUUGGUUAAAAUUAUCGUUAGAGAAGUUAUGAGCGAGUUAAAAGAGCUUUUCAUCCCAAAGAGUUUGUUGGAAUUGAUAAUCGUGUGGAAGAGAUUAUGAGUUGGAUAGGUGCAAAAUUUGAUGAUACAAAUAUUAUCGGCAUUUAUGGAAUGGGCGGCAUCGGUAAGACAACUUUUGGGAGGGUCCUAUACAACAAUCUCUCUAAUCAUUUUGAACAUCUUAGCUUCGUCGCAAAUAUUGGAGAAACAUCUCUACACAAGGGUAUUGAAUGCCUACAAAAACAGCUUAUCUACGAUAUAUUAAGAAUUCCACAUGAUGUUUCUAAUGUCUUUGAGGGAUUGGAUGUCAUCAAAAGUCGGUUUGAAAGUAAGAAAGUCCUUGUUCUUCUCGAUGACGUGAGUGAAGAUGCUCAAUUAGAUGCUUUGGCUGGAGACGGUAGAUGGUUUAAAGCCGGAAGCAUAGUCAUCAUAACAACUAGAAAUAAAAAUAUUCUUGACAAGGCUAGAGCAGGCCACAUGUUCCAACUAGACGACUUGCCUUUGGAUCAAUCAUUACUUUUAUUCAGUAGACA